GUAAAUAGUGAUAAUAUGAAUAAUACUGACGAUAAAACAGAUGUGCGACAGGGAAAGUCUUAUGUAGACCUGUCUGGAAGACAGGGUGUAGGGCAGUACAAUUCAACGUUUUCGGACUUCCGUUCUGGAUAUGUAGGCGACAGCAAAAGUGACAAUAAUAUGGAUACGUUGGACAGUAAUGGUGAAGUUCACGAAAAUGAUGUAGAUAUGGAUAAUACUACUCCUAGUGAGUCUAAAUUCAUUAAACGUAAGCAUAGCUCUAAAACUGUGACAGAUAACAAACCAAAGUUAGCUUCAAAAUCCCCAGAACCUAUUGUGCUUACGCCUCGCGAUGCACCAAAUGCUCGCACUAGCACGUAUACUGUGAACUUGGAAGCGCCGAAUCAGGAACAAGAAAAUGGCCAUAAACCCUCGGACAGUCCCCCAGAAAGGAAAAAGUUCUUGGACAAGACACUGCAAGACGAGUUGCAGCGUAUCAAAUCCAGCACUAUGAGAGAGCGCCAGAAGAAGAACCAAGAGAUCCAGCAGACGAGUCAGAAAGGGGACGUCUCAGUAGUCCGAACAAUAUCAGACCGGCUGUCCGAUGCUAAGAAUAUUUAUAUUGCUGGCAAGGGGAAGGCUUAUCAGUCCAAAUUGCAGAACGUCGAUGUUGGGGUGAACAAAUAUCAGCGGGAGAGGACCGACAACUUUGGCAGCUUUAAUUCUCAGGGGAACAAGGACCGAAGAGCCCCAAGCAGGGGUCAAUUCUACGCAGAUGGACCCGGAUCAAUCGGGCGUGAGUCAAGCUUCUACAACUCCGAUGGCUCCAGGCGCGUGUCUGUGGAUGACAACAGAAAAAAUAUGGGAUUUCAUCGAGAACACGGCAACAUCAACGUGGGUGGCCCUCCAGUGCAGACCAGAUCUCACACGAAAUACGUGAAUGUACAGCCGUACUACAAUGAUAGUAACGAUAUGUACUUGGCUCGACAACAGGCUCUAAGGCGAGAAAACACAGGAAGUGACUGGCACUCAUCAGGAACCAUGUAUCAGCUGGCAAAGAAGAAAAAGAAGAAGAAAAUUGUUCAGAUUUUAAUGGAGAGAGACAACGAAAAUCUUGGUAGCGCCACUCCAUCUCGGUUUAUGAACCCUUCUCGAGCCUCAAGACUGGAUUUUGACGGGGAUGAUGAGGUCAUUGACGGACAGAUAUCAGCUCGGGAGCCUUUACAGAAUCGGGAAAUGCAUAUGGGAAAGGAGACUGACAAUCGUGAGAAGACGCAAUUUGCCAAGCAGACCAUGGCCUUGAGGAAGAUGGCACAGACACCUGUGGAUAAGACUGCACGUCUGCAGCCAUUGACCAAGUACAACAACAGCCGCACGGGCAGUCAAACCGGACAUUAUUUCUCGCCGGAAUCCAUAUGGCCAUACGACCGGCAUGGGAAACCUGCAGAAAACGACAGCCGGCAUCAGGGGUCUGUGUCUGGCACAGACGUUCGCGCUGGCUGGAUAUCUCGACCUCAGUCGGUGCUAGAUGACGCGGAUGUUUUUACGCACACGCCUCGUGACUCAGAAUUGAAACCGAUAAAGAGCGGACGGAGUAAGACAAAUCUUCAUGAUAUUAGAGGUGGCCGCGACGGCAACACAUGAACAGAACGACCGAGUCGUUAAAGACUCGUUGACGUUGCUGUGGAAUUGAUGAUUGCUAGUUAAUAUCAUAAUUAUAAUUUG